GCAAUUUCGCCGUAAAAAAGUUCAAUUACAAAAUCGAACCCUAUUGCUCACUGACGUUUAUGGCAGAGGAAGGAUUCAGCGGAAUUGGAGAAAGCGAAGAAGAAGCGGCAGAGGUCGGCGCUUUCUCCUUCAGCCACCACUAGAUCUCUGACCUGCGAAGAAGAAAUUGCUUGGAACAAUUAUCGUUUUCGUGGCUGGAAUCGAUGGGGAAGGGCCCCUUAUCCUUUCGCCGUCUUACGAGCAUCCGUCACCGGAAAAAAGGUUCUGCCGUGAAGGAUGACUCCGCACAGACAUCGGCGCCUUCAUCUCCACCGCCUCCCCUACCGAUUAAUGCUGGCGGACCGAUUGUGGGAGGGGCGGGGAAGGCGAAGAAGAAAACCGGUGGAGCUCGGUGGUGGAUGAGGUUUGAUCGGACUGGUGCGAUGGAAGUGGUGGAGUGUGAUAAGAGUACAAUCAUCAAACGCGCUUCUGUUCCCGCUAGGGAUUUGAGGAUUCUUGGCCCUGUCUUCUCUCACUCUUCUAACAUUCUCGCCAGAGAGAAGGCUAUUGUUGUGAAUUUAGAGGUCAUAAAGGCAAUAGUUACUGCAGAAGAAGUGCUGCUUUUGGAUCCUCUCCGUCCUGAAGUUCUUCCUUUCGUUGAACGACUAAAGCAACAGUUUCCUCAGAGGAAUGGGACUGAAACUGCACUGCAAGCUUCUGCAAAUUUACAAUCUCCUCUUGAUCCAGAAGCUGCAGAGGGUUUGCAGAGUGAACUUCCUUUUGAAUUUCAGGUCCUGGAGAUUGCACUUGAGGUCGUCUGCUCAUUUGUUGAUAAAAGUGUGGCUGCUCUUGAGACAGAAGCUUGGCCUGUCCUUGAUGAACUAACCAAGAAUGUCAGCACUGAGAAUCUUGAAUAUGUACGAAGUUUGAAAAGUAAUCUCACCCGCUUGUUAGCCCGUGUGCAGAAGGUGAGAGAUGAACUCGAACAUUUGUUAGAUGACAACGAAGACAUGGCAGACUUAUACUUAACAAGGAAAUGGAUCCAGAACCAGCAAACCGAGGCAAUACUUGCGGGGACAGCAUCAAACAGCAUUGUCGCCCCAGCACAUAAUACAUCAAAUCUUCACCGGCUCACAUCAAACAGAAGCGCGAGUAUGGUGACGAGCAGUACAGAGGAAGAUGACGUGGAAGAUCUGGAGAUGUUGCUGGAGGCAUACUUCAUGCAACUGGAGGGGAUGCGGAACAAGAUUCUUACAGUGAGGGAGUACAUUGACGACACAGAAGACUACGUGAACAUACAACUGGACAAUCAACGAAACGAACUGAUCCAGCUGCAGCUGACGCUGACCAUAGCAUCGUUUGCAAUAGCCGCAGAGACUUUGUUGGCCAGCUUGUUCGGAAUGAACAUACCAUGUCCAUUGUAUAACACACACGGCAUCUUUGGUUACUUUGUGUGGAGUGUUACUGCACUUUGCAUUGUGCUUUUCAUGGUCACCCUUGGUUACGCCAGGUGGAAGAAGCUGCUAGGCUCGUAGUCUCCUUCUCUCUAUUACAAACCUUGUGUCACUUGUGUAUUAAAAAAACCAUUGCCCACAUGGUUAAUAGUUUAUACAUAUGUUACUGGACAUAGUUGUUUCACUCAUAUCUUGUCCAGUGAAGACGUUAGAGAUUCAAGUGUUCCUGAGGAACACAGGUAGAUGGAAAUGAUAUAGAGUAUAUAUGUUGAAGACAAUGGUCCUCUACCUCGAAGUCAUUGAAAUGUUGCAGAUAUUUGAACU